AUGGAGAAUGAUUGUUACAUGUUUUUUCAAAAAUGCAACAAAUGUCAAGUGAACGGCGAUUUGAUACGAGUUCCGCCUCAUGAACUUAAUGAUAUGAGUUCACCUUGGCCGUUUCUAGCUUUGGGUAUGGAUGUCAUCGGUCCAAUAGAUCUAGAUGCUUCAAAUGGACACAAAUUAAUUUUGGUUGCUAUUGCUUAUUUCACCAAGUUGUUGGAAGUAACUUCUUACAAAUUGGUAACCAAGAAAGUUGUGCCAGAUUUUGUUCGUAACAAACUGAUAUGCAGAUUUGGAGUGCCAGAAACCAUCAUUAUUGAUAAUGGUGCAAAUCUCAACAGUCACAUGAUGAUAGAUACCUGUGAACAGUUUAAGAUCAAUCAUCGGAAUUCAGCUGCUUAUCGUCCCCAAAUGAAUAGAGUUGUAGAGGCUGCCAACAAAAAUAUCAAGAAGAUCUUGAGGAAGAUGAUUGACAAUCACUGA